UCACCACCACAAGUAGAAUCGCCAAUCACACCUGCUAUCAAUUCUCUUUCUUUCUGUAUACAUAAAUUCUCCGACCGCACCUGUUUGCAAAAGGGGGAUUUUUGUUUGAAGUGAUCAGAGAGAGAGAGAGAUUAGAAUGGCAAUAAGAGCACCUUUUGCAGGGUUAAGUAUGGCUUCCACCACAUCAGCUUCAUUGCAGGAUUCUUCUUCCAAAUUAGGAUUCUGCACCUUUCCAACUUCCUUCUUCGGUUCUGGAGUUGGAGCUUUGAAGGUUAGAGGAAUAAGGCUAGCUCACCCGAGUACUACACGCUGUAACAGCAUCCGGAUGAAUCUUUUUGACCGUUUUUCACGAGUUGUCAAGUCAUAUGCAAGUGCACUCAUUAGCACCUUUGAAGACCCAGAAAAGAUCUUAGAGCAAGCCGUUACCGAAAUGAAUGAUGAUUUAAUAAAGAUGCGGCAAGCUACAGCCCAAGUUUUAGCAUCUCAAAAGCGGUUGGAGAACAAAUAUAAAGCUGCUGAGCAAGCUUCGGAGGAUUGGUACAAAAGAGCACAACUUGCUCUUAGUAAGGGAGAUGAGGAUCUUGCACGUGAAGCGUUAAAGCGACGUAAAUCUUAUGCUGACAAAGCAGCUUCUUUGAAGACUCAGCUUGAACAGCAAAAAGGCGUUGUGGAUAAUCUUGUUAACAAUACACGGCUUCUUGAAAGCAAGAUACAAGAGGCUAAGUCAAAGAAAGAUACUCUAAAAGCACGAGCACAAUCUGCGAAGACUGCAACAAAAGUAAACGAAAUGUUGGGUAACGUCAACACAAGCAGUGCUCUUUCAGCAUUUGAGAAGAUGGAGGAAAAAGUUAUGAGCAUGGAGUUCCAAGCAGACGCACUAAAUCAGCUAACCACCGAUGAUCUUGAUGGAAAGUUUGCAAUGCUCGAGAGCUCAUCCGUUGAUGAUGAUCUUGCAAGCUUGAAGAAGGAACUUUCUGGAAGCACAAAGAAAGGAGAUCUACCGCCGGGGAGAACAAACUCAAAAGCAGCAUAUCCGUUUCCUGACUCGGACAUUGAAAACGAGCUAAAUGAGUUAAGGCAAAGAACCAGGGACCUAUAGACAAAUUAAUGAUCUUGGCACCAGAGUCAGAUAUUAGUUCAUCAACUCUAUUAAAGGAAGUUCAUAUUUUUUGUUUCUGAAAAAUGGUUAUGGAAUGAUAUAUUUCAUACUGUUUACCAUCAAAGUUGCAAUGAACUGCCUUUAAUUCUGCUUCAUAUUCAUGAGUUUUUUCAUGAUAGAUUGAUCUGAGCGAUCUAAAUGAAACAGUUAUGUAAGUUUCUUACUAUUUAUAUUCAUAAUAUUUACACGAAA